AUGGUAUGUUUAUUUAAUAUAGAGACAACAGCUCGCAAUGAUCUGGAGUGUGAAUUUCCACCACGGAUGGAAGAAGACCUCACACACAUCAGGAGAAAAAGAUUAACCACCAAGAAUGGACUAGUCUGCUUGGAAGAUUAUCCUUAUACGGUUUCUAUUAGGGAUUUCGGUGGCCGGAUCUUGUCUAUUACCGAUAUCAAGAGGCAUCCAGACUACAGAAUGGAUCAGUACUAUCCUGAACAUAAUUUAGCAUUGGUCAAGGUUACGGGCCAAUUACGAGAAGGUGAGAACCAAGAACUCAGGCGUAUGAUCGUCCGUGAGGUACCGAGACCAUCCUGCCGGCUCAUCUAUGGCAACGACUAUCACCUUCAACAUGACCACAUUUGUCUGCAGAGUGUGGUGAAAGGCGUGGCCCUGUGUGCAGGAGACACAGGCGAUCCAGCAGUUCAUUUUAGCGGAAUAAACCGAGCGGGAACUCUGUAUGGUAUUGCUUUAUUCUCAGGCACCGAAGAGUGUGCUUACAAGUCAAAACCUGGGGUGUCAUACAGCCGCUUAUGGAUAGACAAAAUUAUAGGAGAAACUUUGGAACACAAUGAAAGCGCUGACAGUGGUGAAAAUGCGAUACCCCUAGAUCUCGACCGUUAG